AUGGCUGCUGUAGCAGCUCAGCUUCCUGAUACACCUUCAAGCACCCUCCGUGGCCAUCAAGGUCCUGUACGAGCAGUUCGAUUUAACAACAAUGGUAAUUACUGCUUGAGCUGUGGAAGUGACAAAAUCAUUAAACUAUGGAAUCCUCACUCUGCACUAUCUAUCAAAACCUAUAAAGGGCACGGUCAAGAAGUAUUAGAUAUUGCAGCAACCUUAGACAAUAGCAGACUUGCUUCUGGAGGAACCGAUAAGAUGAUCAUUCUUUGGGAUGUCGGUACUGGUCAAAUUAUUCGAAAAUUUAGAGGACACUCUGGGGCUAUUAAUUCCAUUGCUUUCAAUGAUGAGUGUACGGUAAUUGUGACAGGAUCGUAUGAUGCUACCAUCAGGACAUGGGAUACCAGAUCGAGGCGCUAUGAUCCUAUUCAAGUCUUGGACGAAGCUUCUGAUAGUAUUUCGAGCGUUAAAGUUUCCAACCAUGAGAUUAUAUCUGGCUGCAUAGAUGGCAAAGUACGUUUGUAUGACUUACGAGCUGGAAAAAUGAAUGAAGAUUACAUUGGACCUCCUGUAACCAGUGUAAGCUAUUCAAAGGAUGGCCAAUGUAUCCUGACUUCUUGCCUAGAUAAUACUUUACGUUUACUAGAUAAAGAUUCUGGUCAGCUUUUAAAUGAAUUUACCGGUCAUAAGAAUUCAGAUUACAAAAUUGAUAGUUGCUUUACUCAUACCGAUGCACAUGUGGUCAGUGGAUCCGAAGACGGGUAUAUUUUUAUAUGGGAUUUAGUAGAGGGCUCUGUAGUGACAAAAUUAAAUGCCAAUCUAUCGAAACGAGAUAUUAUUUAUUCCUUAGCAUUCCACCCAAGAGAACCGUAUCUGUUAACUGCUUCAGCUUUUGGUGAUAUAAUAUUUUGGAAGAAGUCAGAUAAUGAAGGUUGUACAGAGGACGGCUCAUAG